AUGGCAUCAUUCAAUGGUCACCUCAAGGUUAUACAGGUUCUCAUUGGCCAAGGAGCAGAUCCUAAUAGGGCAGAUAAUGAUGGCAAGACACCUCUCUACGCAGCAUCAUUCAGUGGUCAACUUGAUAUUGUAAAGUUUCUCAUUGGCCAAGGAGCAGAUCUAAGUAUGGAAGAUAAGGAUGGCUGGACACCUCUCUAUGCAGCAUCAUUCAAUGGUCAACUUGAUAUUGUAAAGUUUCUCAUUGGCCAAGGAGCAGAUCUUAAAAAGACGGAUAAAGAUGGCUGGACACCUCUCUACGCGGCAUCAUCCAAGGGUCAACUCAGUGUUGUACAGUUUCUAACUGACCAAGGAGCAGAUUUAAAAUUGGCGGAUAAAGAUGGCAGGACACCUCUCUUCGCGGCAUCAUUUAAUGGUCACCUUGAUGUUGUACAGUUUCUCAUUGGCAAGAAAGCAGGUCUAUCUCAGGCUUGUAUUGGUGGGCGCACACCUCUCCAAGCGGCAUCACUCAAAGGUCACCUCGAUGUUGUUCUCAUUGGCCAAGGAGCAGAUCCUAAUAGGGCAGAUAAUGAUGGCAAGACACCUCUCUACGCAGCAUCUUUAAAUGGUCACCUUGAUGAGGUACAGUUUCUCAUUGGCCAAGGAGCAGAUAUAAAUAGGGAAGUUAAGGAUGGCUGGACAUCUCUCCAUGCAGCAUCAUUCAAUGGAGCAGAUCUUAAAAGGACGGAUAAUGAUGGCACGACACAUCUCUACGCGGCAUCGCUCAAGGGUCAUCGCGAUGUUGUACAGUUUCUCAUUGGCCAAGGAGCAGAUCUAAAUUGUGCUAGUAAGGAUGGAAGGACACCACUCUACGCGGCAUCGCUCAAGGGUCACCUCGAUGUUGUACAGUUUCUUAUUGGAGAAGGAGUAGAUAUAAAAGGGACGGAUAAGGAUGGAAGGACCCCCAUCUAUAUGGCAUCAUUCAAUGGUCACCUCGAUGUUGUACAGUUUCUCAUCGGCCAGGGAGCAGAUGUAAAUAAGGCUGAUCCAGUCGUUGGUUCAAAACAGGAAAGCGGGAGUGUCGAAAAACAGGUGGAAAACGAAGCAAACGUAGAGACCUCAAAAACAAUUCGUGAUUCCACGGGGGCAUCCGAUCAGCAAGCAGGCUUGAUUCGUAUCGAGAAGUAUGGCAUUGAAGUCCAGUUUCAUCCAAGUGAGAUUUGGGGCGUUGAUGACAUCCAGGCAGUACCUGAAGUUCCAGUUGAACUGAUAGACCUGUUAACGGAGGACCAAGCACUAAUUUGUGUUGGCCUUAAGGCGUCACCGUCUGAUGCAAAGUAUAAAUAUCCAGUAAAAGUGACGAUGCCCCAUUCAGCAAUUUUUACAAGUCCCGAUACUGCAUCUAUUGGGACGUACCAUCGGAAAAGCAGUAAGAAUCUUUACAGUUAA